AUGAUAGCCGGGCAGCAGCUUGACUUGCUGCUGCAUCCGAUGCUGCUGCUGCUGGCCUCAUUGCUGCUGCUGCUGCUGCUGCUGCAGGCCCUGGGGAGCGGGUGGUGCGAAGACUCUUCAAACCGCAGCCCCAAAUAUCUCAGAAAUGCUUUUCGACUUGCUGUGCUGCCAGUGCUCGCCGACUUUACGCAGCGCGCAGCUCAGCAGCAGCAGCAGCAGAACGAGCAGCAGCAGCAGCAGCAAGAACAGCAGCAGCAGGAGCAACAGCAGCAGCACAGGGACCACGAGGACCAGAUAAAUGGGACAGAUGCGGCUGCAGCAGUUGACUCCGCAGCAGAAGCUGCGGAAGACCUGGACGCGGAGCUAGCAGCAGACCUAGCAACAACGGAAGGAGCAGCAGCAGCAGCAGCACCAGCAGCAGCAGCACCUGACAGGGCCAGCUGUGGGGUUGCUGCCUUGCGGCGUCGGCUGGAGUUGCUGCACCGCCAGGUGCUGCUGAUGAAGCAGCACAUACACCAGGAAGCCAGUGCUUGGGAACGGACUCACCUCAGUUGUGCUGCUGCUGCUGCUGCAGAGGCAGCAGCAACAGCUGCUGCUGCGGAAGCAGCAGCAACGGCUGUUGCUGCGGAAGCAGCAGCAACAGUUGCUGCUGCUGCUGACAACAGUGCAGGUAAAGACACAGCAGCAGAGCUGAUUCCUCAGCCACUUUCAAAGGCACUGACUUCAGAAGCAGCAACAAAUGCAAGCAGCACACCAGCGGGCUCCCAGCAGCAGCAGCUGCAGCAGCAGCAGCUGCACCUGGGUGUGCCCGCUUUUCCUGUUGCUGCGUGGGCCCAAGUUGGCUCAGAGUUCAUGAAGCAGCAGCUGCUGCACCGCUGGCUGCGGCGGGUCAUGGGGGAAGGAGAAGUGCUGCAGAGGACUGUUGAGGCCCUGGCAGCUCAGCUUGCUGCAGCAGCCAGCAGCAGCAGCAGCAGCAACAGCAAGAUCUGGCGAUUAGACGUGGGUGGGAAUUACUUCGUUGAAGGCAGCAGGCACCACGCGGUCCUUCGCCGCCGCCCGAUGCAGCAGCAGCAGCAGCAGCAACAGCAGCAGCAGCACCGGCACAGACAGCGGCAGCAGCCAAAGCACUAG